CAGCCUCCAAGAAGCGACAUGGCUCUCAACGCGCAGGUGGUGGUGCUGUUGGCGACGGCGAUGCUGGCCGGGGCGCUGCCGCUGGAGGACGAAUACGGCAACGUGCUGCACGCGCCCGGUGGCUACGCCGCCCCCGCCGCCUACGCCGCCCCCGCCAUCGCGUACGCGGCGCCCGUCGCCAAAGCCGUAGUCGCCGCGCCCGCAGUCGCCUACGCCGCCCCCGUCGCUAAGGCAGUCGUGGCGGAGCCUGUGGCGUACCCGAAGUACGAGUUCAACUACGGCGUGCACGACGCGCACACCGGCGACAUCAAGCAGCAGUCUGAGGCUCGCGACGGCGACGUGGUGAAGGGCAGCUACUCGCUGGUCGAGCCCGACGGCUCCACCCGCACCGUCGAGUACCAGGCGGACGACCACAACGGCUUCAACGCCGUCGUGCACCGCACGCCCGGCGCGCACCCCGUGGCCGUGGCUCCGGCCGUCGCCGUUGCGCACGCGCCGGUCGCCGUGGCGCACGCGCCCAUCGGCUACCAUUAAGCCUCAUCCACCGGGCGGCGCCGCCUCUGCCUAGUCGCUCACCUUACGCUGGAGUGCGCAGGCUCCGCAGUCACACGGCCUCUCCCUAACCAACAAGGACCUCAAUUUUCUGCAGUUUGUUGACAAUAAUCCAGUUGCUGGAUGAUUCUUAUCUAACCUCUAUCUUUCCACCCGUAACCUAUUCUGAGCCCCACUACUCGCAUCUGAGGAUGAACAAAAGUUAGAACUCAUGUAUAUGUGGAGUGCACAACAGAAAGUGAAAUCUACGGACGUGUCUGUCUGGUGAGAAAAUCAAGAAUCUGAUGUCACAUUUUCUACUCCCUCUAGGGAACAACUACGUCAAUGACAAAUUUCAAACAUUUCAGUGCUCGUAAUUUUCCUGGAACAGAUAUGUUCAGUCCUCCGAUUCGUAUGCUAUCUGUACGAUACACUGAGACACGAGUCGCUUGGAGGAACACAUCAUCUACACUACGUGCAUUCUAGUCAUAGACGCGAGUUGAACUACACGCAGACCCGUGGAGAGGAAAGUUUUCAUAUAUUAUACGUAUAUACCACUAUGGCAAGCAAUUUGACCAGUUGAUAGUUUCUGCUUUCACACUUUCAUUAGUCUCUACAGCAAGUUCGACCAACUUUUCUACACACUUUUAUUUUACUGCCUUUACCUUUCUCUUAACUUUACUUCUUUCUUCUCUUUGCAUCCCUAUUCAUUCACAUACGAUGUCUGUAGCUGAGCGUACUGUAAUUAAAGAUGGAAGUCGACCAAGAGGUGAUUUGUUGCAGAAAUAACCAUAACCAGUGUCUGUUCUGCUAUUUGCAUAUCAAUUAACACUCCGCCAAUCCUUAACACUAUCUAAUUUCCUCUUGUAUUUUAAUCUCAAUUACGUAAUUCGCACAGUAACACUUUCUAGUCUCAUACUGGACAACGAACGCAACCUAACCUCCGAUAUAACUUAAAAUGGUGCACAGUGUUGUAACCGAGUGACAAGUACUGUCGAAGGUGUCAGAGCCGCCGUGUCCGCUUGGAGUCUGCGCCCUUCGUUUCCUCAACCAUUCCCUAUCAUCCCUCCUACGGCGCCACCAGCCCUACCUACUCCAACAGUCGCUCGCCCCAUCCACUCAUACUGCAUGCAUGUUGGUGUUGUUUGUACAUUAGCUUUCGCUCAUAGGCGACAUACUCAUGUGGAGGUGUUAAUUAUAAUUCAUGUUUUCAUAAACAGCAAGGCUAUUCAUUUUUAUACGUCUAUUUUUCAAAUG